AUGUCCACCAAUUCUUCUAGUAAAGCCUCCACCUCCCGACUUGAUCAAGAUAGACCCAAAGUGGCGUCCAACAGCAAGAGUGCCAACGCGUUCUCUGUCCUUAUGUCCUCUCAUAAAGAGAACGAGGCUUGGAAGGAAGCUACAAUCGCUGAGGACCGGACGUUCAGGCCUACGAAGAAUAACGGUGGAAGGAGGAAAGCUCCGUUCUAUAAGGUCAUGACGGGUAUGCCCAUUGCCGUAGAUGCUUUUCGGUAUGGUGCUAUCCCUGGCGUCACAGCGUAUUUCUUGACUCACGCCCAUUCAGACCACUACACAAAUCUCUCGUCAAACUGGAAGGCUGGCCCAAUCUAUUGUUCCGAAGGAACCGCGAAUUUAAUUAUUCACAUGCUUUCAGUUGAUCGCAAGUGGGUGCACCCCUUACCAAUGGACAAGCCGACAGUAAUUCCCAACACCGGUGGCGUCACCGUGACACUCAUCGAAGCAAACCACUGUCCCGGAUCUUCACUGUUCCUCUUUGAGGGCAAACAAACUAUCGAUGCUGGUGACAGUACUUUCAAAUCUCCCUUCGUCGGGUCCUCCAAGAUGUUUCGAUAUCUCCAUUGUGGCGACUUCCGGGCUUCGCCACAGCAUGUGCUUCAUCCUGCUGUCAAGGGCAAGCAUCUCGACAUUAUUUAUCUUGAUACUACUUAUCUUAAUCCCAAAUAUUGUUUCCCAAGUCAGCCGCAGGUCAUCGAUGCGUGUGCAGAGUUAGCAAAAAGGAUUGUCUGUGGUUCGGGCCUCGAUGGAGGACGUGCAGGCGGCAGUACCAGCGUCGGGAAGACUGUUGAUAAGUGGUUUGUGGCGGGGCCCAGCAUCAAGGUCGAAGACAAAGGCAAGACGAAGGCGAAAGCAACUACGGAUAAGAUUCUGAUCGUUGUUGGAACGUACUCAAUUGGCAAGGAGCGCGUCCUCCCAUUUUCAGCCAUCGCUCGGGCCCUACAAACGAAAGUAUACUGCGAUUCCCGCAAAGCCGCCAUCCUCCGCUGUCAAUCCGAUCCAGAGCUACACGCUAUGCUCACCAAGGAUCCCUAUGAAGCCAGUGUACAUCUUGUUCCCCUGGGAGUCGUGACUUCUGACAGGUUGAAGGAGUACACGGAGAGGUGGAAGGGGCAUUGGGCUAAAGCGGUGGCAUUUAGGCCCACUGGGUGGACGUAUACGCCACCAGUAGGCAGCGAUACUCUCCCUUCUAUCUCUUCUAUCAUCACAAAGGGCAACCCACAUCAGUCAUUCACCCACGCCAACCUCAAACCCAUGCGUAAUAGCACUUUCACGCAUGAACUCUACGGUGUACCCUACUCCGAACACAGCUCCUUCUACGAGUUGACCUGUUUCACCUUGAGUGUGGAUUGGGGGAGAAUCAUCGCGACGGUGAAUGUUGGGAGUGAGGGGAGUAGGGGGAAGAUCAAGGCGUGGGUGGAGAAGUGGGACAAGGAAAGGAAGAGGAGGAAGGCCGCGGGGGUGAAAGACAUAGAUGGAGUGGUACCAUAUAGGAGUCCAGAGUACUGGUAG